AUGGCGAAUAAAAUAUCGUCUGCACCAGCCGCAUUCAAAUCACCGGUUUGGCAACAUUUUGGUUUUCCUACAGAAACUAUCGACGGGAAAGAGGUAACCAAUAAACAAUUAGCGGCUUGUAAAUUAUGUGAUUACAAAACGAAGUACACCGGAGCGACGACAAACCUUUCAACUCAUUUAAAAAGACAUCACCCUGAAGCUGACAUCGAGUCUCGGACACAUAAAUAUGCUGAGAGUAAACGAAAAUCAACUAGCGAAAGCGCAACACAUAAUCCUAAACAAUCAAAACUGAGUGAAGUGUUUUCAAGGCCACUACGUUUCAAUUGUGACCGUGCAACGGCAAUAAGUAGGUCAAUUGCAAAAUUUAUUGCGAUCGAUUUGAGGCCAUAUUCAAUCGUAGAAAAUGCGGGAUUUAAAGCGAUGAUCAAAACAUUGGAACCGAAAUAUAACAUUCCAUCUCGACCGUACUUCAGUAAAACACUUAUACCUCAGCUUUAUGAAGAAACAAAAUCGUCUGUUCUUGAUGAACUUAAAACUGCCAGUCAUGUUGCCAUCACCACAGACGGCUGGACUUCACGUGCUGUCGAUAGUUAUAUAACAAUAACUGCUCAUUACCUCUGUGAGCACUUUGAAAACUGGGAACUUUGUAAUCGUGUAUUACAAACCAGGGUAAUUCAUGAGUCGCAUACUGCAGUUAAUGUGGGUGCAGUUCUGUCUAGUGCUAUUACUGAGUGGGGCUUGGCAAGAUUAAAUGGACAGGUACCUGUUGUUACUGACAACGCCAGUAACAUGGACGGAGCUGUUAGGGCUGCUGGACUGGGGCCGAAUAUUAAGUGCUUUGCACACACUAUUAACCUAGCUACACAAAGAGGCCUGGGCAUAGGACCGAUGAAAACACUUUUGGGCCGUGUAAAAAGGAUUGUGGCAUUUUUUCAUCGCAGUUCAGUUGCUAAUAGUUUGCUGAAAUCCAAUCAAAAUCUACUAAAACUUCCUCAGCAUAAACUAAUUAUCGACGUUCAAACGCGAUGGAAUAGUAGCUACGACAUGAUGCGAAGAUAUUUAGAGCAACAACCAGCAAUCACUGCAACCCUUAUGAGUGCUGAUGUGAGAAAAAAUGCUAAGGACCUUGACACACUCAGAGAAGGAGACAUUACAAACCUGGAAGAUGCUGUCACCAUUUUAAAAGACAUGAAGGACAUUACAACUGUGUUGUGUGAUGAAAAGCAGCCAACAGUUUCACUGAUCUUUCCCAUGAAACACAAAAUAUUAAACACUAUGGAGUUGUUGGGUACAGAAUCUUCAUUAAUAAGACAAAUGAAAGUAGCAAUAAGAGAUGACAUGAAGCCAAGGUAUGAGAAUCCUGAAAUUGAACAAUUUCUGAUCAUAAGUUCAGCAAUGGACCCUAGGUUCAAAUCCCUUCCACAGUUAAAUGAAGAGAGGAGGCAUGAGGUUAAAGAUGCAAUUAUACUGAAGGCUGUAUCUCAGAGUAAUGACAAGCCACACAUCAAGUCUGAACCAGUUGACAGUCAACAGCCUGAGGCUUCAGAGCUACCGGCUCCUAGUCUGCCAGAACUUCCUUCUAUCCCUCCACCACCUGUGUCUUCUUACUCACCUGAGCCAACUGCUUCUGGAACAGGGUCUACAAUUAAGAACUUAUUUGGGGAUGUGUUCAUAGUUAAAACUGAACCAGGAAACAAAUCACCACUUGACAUUGCCACUGAUGAAGUACAUGCCUACUUCAGAGAACCAACUAUCUCACUGGACAGUAACCCAUUAAAAUGGUGGGCUGAUAAUCACUACAGAUACCCACUGCUGUCGAAUGUUGCUAAAUAUUAUCUAACAGUUCCAGGUACAAGUGUCCCAAGUGAGCGUAUCUUUUCUACAGCUGGGGAUAUUGUAACUAGCCAGCGUAGUUGUCUUGAUCCAGAAGAUGUUGAUCAUUUAAUCUUCCUAAAAAAAAACUUACAGCUGUAA